AUGAAGAAAAUUCAGAUGAAGCAGAUAUCGGAUAAAGUCAAUCUUGUAUUAAGAAGAUGUAAGGGAACAGAGAAGAAAUUAACAGCUGGUGAUGUUCUCAAUCAAGAAGUACUUGACAAGAUCACAAGAUUAAAUGAAGGAUAUUACAUUUUUAGAACUUUGCAUAACAGUCCUCCCUAUCUAGAGGCAAAGAAGAAGGAGUUGUUUGCCAUGAUUAGACAACUGCGCAGUACAGUUAAGAAUUACAAAUUCACAAACAUUCCAGAACUUGCAAGAAAAAAAGGAAAAGACAUUUGUCGAUUUGGAUUUCCUCAGCCUCCUAUGGAUUCAACUUUGAUCUUGGAACCUUUAUCAGCAGAUGAAUCAGAUGCAUUGACAUACAGAGAAAUUUUUACAAAGGUGAAGAAAGAAUUAGCAGAUAUGAAAGAAGGGAAAAACAUUUCUUUCAGUGAAUUUUUACAAUCACUGAACCUGGAGAAAGAAGAUUAUAUAAAGUCAAUUAGAAGUUCCCUUGAUGGACCACAACUUUUUUUGAAGAGAACCCCUUCUGAAAUAAGAGUUAAUUCUUACAUGAAAAAUGUUUUGACAGCAUGGCGAGCUAAUCAUGAUUUGCAGUUUGUCCUAGACCCAUAUGCAUGUGCUUUGUACAUUGUGUCCUACAUUAGCAAGUCCCAACGUGGAAUGAGUAGUCUGCUUGAUCAAGCAUGUAAGGAAGCAAGAGAAGGAAAUAUGGAUUUGAAAAAACAGGUUCGACACAUGGGAAACAAGUUCUUGAAUGCAGUUGAGAUAAGUGCACAAGAAGCUGCAUACUUGAAUUUACAAUUGCCUUUAACAAAAAGUUCAAGAGAUGUAUUUAUAAAUACUUCACCACCAGAAGAAAGAACUCUUCUAUUGAAAUGCAAGUCUGCUUUAGAAGAAUUGCCAGAGAAUUCCACAGACAUUCAUGCAAGCAGUGUGAUCAAGCGUUAUUCUCAAAGACCAAGGCAACUUGAAAAUUGGUGUUUAGCAGACUAUGUCGCAGAACUAGAAAUUGUAUAUCCAAAAGAUUUCAAAGAAAAUGAUGAGCUCUUAGAGCAAAAUGAUGAUUCUGAAGAUGAAAAAGAAUUAAGAGACUUGGAAGAUGAAGAGAUCAAUUCAGAGCUGAUUAGGAUAGUUUUGAAAAAUGGCAUCAUCAUAAGGCAAAGGAGGAAGGCGAAGUGCAUUCGUUAUGUCAACUACUCAAUCAAAAAAAGUACAACCAAGAGGCUGAAGAGUUUUAUAGGUGCUAAAUUAAAGAAGUAUGAACACAAUGCAGAGGAGCUGGAAGAGGCACAGAGGCAGGCUGAAGAGGCUGAUGUACAGCUUGAUAGAGUAGCACCUAAUGCAGAGCAAAUUGAACAAAAGGACUUAGAUGAAGGGAGUAGGGAAAGUGAGGAAUUUGUGUAUUUUGACCAAAAGCGUUCAGAAAAUCACCAGAACUAUGACAUUGGAAUAGAUCUUGGAUUACCUAGUAGUUCUACUAAUGAUGAUCAAACUCAUCAGUACAAAAUGACCAAUGAGAUACACUAUUGCUCUACUGAAGGGGAAAAUCCAGAUGACUGCAAGGUUCUACUCUGUGCUCCAACUGGAAAAACUGCAUUUAAUAUAAAGGGACAGACAAUACAUUCAGCAUUCAAAAUUCCAGCAAGUCAGGGAUUUAACUGCAAGCCCCUUGAUAGUGAAUCCUUGAACAGUCUUAGAACAAAGUAUAAAUAUUUGUCAACGGUCAUCAUUGACGAGGUUUCAAUGGUUGGAAAUUCACAAUUGAAUCGUGUACAUGAGCGUUUGAAGCAGAUAAAAGGCAGUAAGGAAUACUUUGGAGGUAUCAAUGUCAUUUUGAUUGGAGAUCUUUUCCAGUUAAAGCCAGUGAUGGAUGGGUGGGUUUUUGAUGACUUGAAGAAAAACUUUGGACCAUUGGCAACAAACUUAUGGCGAGAAUUGUUCACAAUGCAUGAACUAACGGAAAUAAUGAGACAGAAAGAUGAUGUUCAUUUUGCCGAGUUACUCAACCGUUUACGAGAAGGAAAUCAAACUGAAGCUGAUAUACAGACAUUGAAGCAGCGAUGUGUAGAUGAGUCACUACCAGUAUAUCCCAGAGAUGCUCCAAGAUUAUAUACAAGAAAUGAAAGUGUGAAUGCCUACAACAACCAAGUGUUUCUGCUAGCUGAUGGUGAAAAGGUCAAUAUACCAGCUCAUGAUUCUGUAGUAGGAAGGGAAAAUUUGAUACAGCAUUUGAAUUUGCCAGAUGACUCCUCUAAAACAGCUGGAUUGGCUAAAAAUGUUCCCAUAGCACUUGGUCUACAGUAUGAAAUCACUGCAAAUUUAUGUGUUGAGGAUGGGCUCACAAAUGGUACAUCAUGUAAGGUAGAGUACAUAGAGAGGAGACAAGAAAGCACUGAGAGGCCAAGUAUAAUAUGGAUUUCUUUUGAUGACACAAAUACUGGUAAAUCAUGGCGAUAUCAGUAUAGACAUCUGUUUGGACGUGGAGUAGAUAAGUCUUGGACACCAAUAUUUGAUGUAAGAAGGAGCUUUCAGUACCUGAGACACACUGUUGUACGUAUACAAUUUCCGUUGCGACUUUCUGCAGCCAAAACUAUACACAAAUCUCAGGGAGACACAAUGGUUCAAGCUGUUAUCAAUCUUGAUAUGAAUCCGAAAUUUACAUUGCCACACAUUCACUAUGUUGCUCUAAGCAGGGUUACAAAGAUCAAAGGACUUCAUAUCUUGAGUUUAAAUGAAAGCAAAAUUUGUGCGUCUGAGAAAGUGAAAAAAGAAAUGUGUAGACUACGGACAGAAGCAACAUUACAGUUAUGUUAUCAGCCUAUGGAUUCUACAAAUAACCAGACCAUAAACAUUGCAUUCCAGAAUGUGAGGUCACUGCAUGUCCAUUUUACAAGUUUCAAAAAUGAGCCAAAUCUUCAACAGUCUCAUAUCAUAGGAGUGGCUGAAACAUGGUUGACAGCAUCCGAUGAAAAUGAAGAUUAUGAAUUGGAGAAUUACAACAUGUUCAGGUUGGAUUUUGCAUUGAAUCAGCAAUGUGGCAGACCUCAUAGAGGCAUUAUUACAUACAUUAGAAAUGACUGUCAAAUCAUUAAUCAUGUUAGCCACUCAGACAAAGACUUAGAAUGGCAGUACAGUGAAGUAAAGUGCAAAAAUGAGAAUUAUCAAGUUGUUGUGCUAUAUAGAAGUCCAGGUUCUACUGUUGAAAGGGCAAAAAACAACUUUAUCAACAAAUUGUCAAAAGUAGUUAAGAAUCAGCAGAAUAUAAUCAUGAUUGGGGAUUUCAAUAUAGAUCUUUCUCAUGGAGGCUCUUCAGUGGCUACAUACAUGUCUGAAGCUUUCAGUUGCAAACAGAUUGUGUUCAAGUCAACCCAUUCUUCUGGAUCAUUGAUAGACCAUAUUUACACAAAUGUGACAUGUAAUAUUAUCACUGAUGUCAUAGAAAGUGUUUAUUCUGACCACAAAAUAAUUUAUACAUCUUUAGCUAGAGAUUUUUGA